AUUUAAAGAUCAGUCGGGAGUCAGACUCGCAGUCAGUGAAAGACUGAGAUGGACAGGAGAGAGAUGGUGGCUGGCGUCCUGUUCCUCCUACUGGGGGUAGUGGGAGCAGCCCCGCACAUGCUGGUCCUGAUCCCGUCGGAGAUCCAGCUGGGAAGCCCGGAGAAGUUGUGUGUGGUGCAGCCGGCCGGGGCGCAGGGGAGCGAGGGCUCCCUCAGGGUGACUAUGUCCUACGGCCAGGUCCAUAUCACCCUCCUCCAGAUGGAAUCGCAGGACAUCGGAGCCUAUCGCUGCGUCCAGUUCACGGCGAGCGAAGGGGCAGUGAAGCUGAAUCUGGACAAUGAAUGGAAUUCCGUGGCCACAGUCACGGUGAUCGGAUCUGGGGAACUGGCCGCGAUCAAGAUCACCAAGAAUGUUCUCCUGAAGAAGUACCACUCUCUGACCUUUGUUCAGACCGACAAACCCGUCUACAAACCAGGGCAGACAGUGCGGUUCCGGGUGGUGUCAUUGGACCAGGACUUCCAGCCGACGCUGGAGAAGUACCCGCUGAUAACCCUCUAUGACCUUGCGCAGUAUCGGAUUGGCCAGUGGCUGGACCAGGCAGGCAGGCAUGGGAUCGUGGAUCUCAGCUUCGACCUGAGUCCCGACACCCCGAUGGGCUCGUACAUGAUCCAAGUGCAGAAGUCCAGCGAGAAAGUGACCCACAGCUUCACCGUGGAGGAAUACGUGCUGCCCAAGUUUGAACUGAAGGUUCAUCUUCCAAAACAAAUCACUAUCCUAGACACAAGGAUUCCCAUCAAAGUGUGUGGCAGAUACACCUAUGGUAAACCCAUGCGGGGAGAUGUUAACGGCACUGUUUGCCUGCAAACAGUUUACCGUUCUCAGAGAAACUGUCACAUCAUGACAGGCAAGACGGAUACAGACGGCUGUUUCUCCAGGGAUCUGUCCAUGGACACCUUCCGGAUCAGGACCAACCGGCGCUCUGGGAACAUCCACGCACACUUCGUAGUGGCUGAGGAGGGGACAGGGAUAAGGAGGGAAGGUUCGGGCAGCUGCCAGGUAUCAUCAGAGGUCACCACGAUCAGUUUUGAGGAGGUGGAAAAAUACUAUAAGACCGGGAUCCCGUACACAGGAAAGGUGAAGGUGAAAUAUGUCAUCGGCCGCCCGUUUGCAAACGCACGGAUAUAUUUGUUCAAUUCCCAAUAUCCGGGAGCACAGCAGGUUGUUGCGGACGAGAGAGGAAUGGCCACGUUCACCUUCAACACCUCCGCCUGGGAGAUGCAGCCUGUGCAACUCAUGGCCAUUUACCAGCUCCCUAAUGAACAGUAUUCAGCCAGACACGCUCCCGCCCGUCAUUCCAUCAAACCCUUCUACUCCAGGUCGGGCAGCUUCAUCUCCAUCGGGAAGGUCAGCAGCGAGAUGCCGUGCGAUUCCCAGCUGGACCUGCCCGUCACUUAUGUGUUCCAGAACCUUCCGCAGGGAGCUCCUCUCCAUCUCUUCCAGCUGGUCAUGGCCAAAGGGAAGAUCAUCAGCCUGGAGAGCACCCCCCUCAUUGUCGAGGGGACGCACGCCCCACAGGGGGUGCUGACGCUGCCGCUCCACCUGGCCGCCCUCCUGGCUCCCACCGCCCGGCUCCUGGUCUUCACCGCCCUGCCCAGUGGCGAGAUGGUGGCCGACUCCACACACAUACACAUGGACAAGUGCUUCCGCAACAAGGUGCAGCUGGGUUUCUCCGUGCCGGAGGAGUUGCCGGGCAGCAAGGUGUCGCUGCACGUCGCCGCCGCCCCCGGCUCCCUCUGCGGUCUCCGCAUCGUCGACCACAGUGUGCUGCUCCUCAAACCCGAGAGUGAGCUCACAGUACAAAGUGUCUACUCCAUGCUGCCGGUCACUGACCUGAACGACUACUCCAACUUAGUGCAUGAACAUAACUCUGACAACUGUGUUCCUGAGCCUGACGAUUCACUGCUCAAACAGUUGGACAAGGACUCGGUCAUUGACGUGGCUCAGUUGCUGCAGGGCCUAGGCCUGAAGGUCUUCACGGACCUGGAAUACCAGGUGCCCCUCAACUGCGAAGUGGGAAUAGUCUCCUAUCACUCAUUUAUCGUACACAAUGUUGUGUCGUUCAUCGACGACAUGGUGGUGGCGGUGCCGGGACGGUCGAGAGUGUCCACGAGGCCCAGGCAGCUCCAGGUCCGCCAGUACUUCCCCGAGACCUGGCACUGGGACCUGAUUCCAGUCGGGCCAGAGGGCCGGGCCUCGGUGGAGCUGACAAUCCCCGACACCAUCACGGAGUGGAAGGGCAGCAUGUUCUGCAACGGGGAGACUGGCUUCGGCCUCUCGCCCACCGCCUCCUUCACCACCUUCAAGCCCUUCUUCCUGGAGCUGGCCCUACCCUACGCCGUGGUCAGGAGUGAGGGCUUCACCCUCAAGGCCAAGCUCUUCAACUACCUGGCCCACAGCCUCAUGGUCAAGGUCACGCUGCAGGAAGCCCAGGGCUUUGCGCUGCAGUCGUCAGACAGCCAAGUUCAAGUGUGUGUCUUAUCCACAGACAGCGUCACUAUCAGCUGGAAUCUUACAGCCACCGGGCUGGGGAAGGUGAACGUGACGGUGACCGCUGAGUCCGUGCACUCCGCCACUCCGUGUGGGAACGAGGUGGUGUCCGUGCCCGAGAGAGGGGCCGUGGACAUUGUACGCAGACCGCUGCUCAUCCAGCCUGAAGGCUCGGAGACGGAGCUGACCCACAGCUCGCUGCACUGCCCGGCAGGUCAAAGCGUGACGGAGGAAAUCGAGCUGCAAGUCCCGGAGGAUGUGGUGGAAGGGUCAGCACGAGCUUCCUUCACGGUGCUGGGGGACCUGAUGAGCAGCGCUAUGGAGAACCUGGACAGUUUGCUGCAACUCCCCACUGGCUGCGGGGAGCAGAACAUGGUGAAGUUCACCCCCAACAUCGUGGUGCUGAGUUACCUGGAGAAAACCCACCAGCUCUCUCCCAAAAUCAGGUCCAAAGCUGUGGCCUUCCUGCAGACAGGUUACCAGCGACAACUCAACUACAAGCACAAAGACGGAUCCUUCAGCGCCUUCGGAACCAGCGACCCCGAGGGCAACACAUGGCUGACAGCCUUCGUGCUGCGCUCCUUCCUCCAAGCCCGGCCCUACAUCUUCAUUGACGAGGCGGUGCUGCAUGAGGCUGCCGCCUUCCUCAUCACCCACCGCCUUCCCACUGGCUGCUUCGCCAGUGUAGGGCAGCUCUUCCACAGAGACCUCAAGGGGGGAGUGGAUGACGCCGUUUCUCUCUCCGCUUACGUGACCACUUCCUUACUGGAGCUGCAGAAACUGAGGACCACCAUGGCCUCCCAGGUUUAUGAAGAGGAUCAGAAUACGCGUCGCGGCAGCUUUUCGCCAGGGCCGCCAAGAUUGGAUCUCGAGUCUGGUCUAGUCCGGCACCUGCCCUAUAGCUUCAAGAACCUGGUAGACUGGUCACUGGAGUGCCUGCGUCAUGCCACUGGGACGGUGAACAACACCUACACCCUCGCCCUCCUCGCCUACGCCUUCACCCUCGCUGGAGACAAGCCCUCGAGGGACAGCACCCUCCUCCGGCUGGACGCCCUCGCCAUCAAUGAGGAUGGUCUGACCCAUUGGGGUCAACGUGAGGAUGGAGUGGAGGGGUGGGGGCUCUGGCGGAGGGCCCCCUCGGCUGAGGUGGAGACGACGGCCUACGUGCUGCUGGCCCUGCUCUCCCCCCCCAACAUCAGCCCCACCCACCUGCACCGCUCCUCCCGCAUCGUCGACUGGCUGGUCCGCCAGAGGAACUCGUACGGAGGCUUCGCCUCCACUCAGGACACAGUGGUGGCCCUCCAGGCCCUCUCCCUCUACGCGACCCUCACCUCCACCCCCGAGCCCCUCUCCUCUGUCUCGCUCAGUGGCCCCGGCGGCUUCCAGCGGCUCUUCCACGUCGACGCCCACAACCAGCUGUUGGUGCAGAGAGCGGCACUGCCGGGCCCUGGCACCUACAUCGGCAACAUCACCGGCACCAGCUGUGUGCUGCUCCAGACAUCUCUACGUUACCACACACUGCCGUCUGCCGGUGCUGCCGCCUUCCAGCUCUCCCUCCACCUGGAGCCGGACGAGAAGACGGAGGCGAUGCUGCACAUCAACAUCACCUACACGGGAUCCCGCAACGUCUCCAACAUGGUGAUCGUCAACGUGAAGAUGCUCUCCGGGUAUUCCCCCCAGACCACGAAGCCUGUGGGUGUGAGUCGUACGGAGUCAAAGGACGGACAUUUCCUGAUGUACAUUGAAAAGAUGGACGCCGGCCAGACCCUCACCCUGUCCAUCCGCAUCUUCCAGGAAUUCCCUGUGGAAAACCUGCAGGCAGCCCAUGUCUCCGUCUACGACUACUAUGUGACCGACGAGGCCGCCAUUGCUGGGUACCAGUGGCCCACUUCAAGCGAGGAUUAGCAAAUCAUGAAGGAGGCCGCGGGUCGAGUGGGUCGAACACAGUGGCUCCCAGCACCGGACAGAAGCCGAGAACAAUCAACAAUCAGCCUCAAUAAAUGAUUAAAUCAA